AUGGAUCGUGAAAACGCUCGACCAUCAACGGCUUCAUCUCAGGAUUCGUUGAUGACGGCUGGGAGUCCGGAGACUUCGGUCUCCAAUGGAGACUCAUCGGAUAACAUCAAUGUCGUAGUCCGCGUCCGGCCCAUCAACGAUGUCGAGUCGAAGAAAAAAGAUACUCACGCUCUUCAAUAUCCCGGCGAGGGACAGAUUCUCGUCGAUGAAGACAGUACGACGCAGACGAAGCUCUUCACCUUCAGUGUCGUUUUCGAGCCUGAAGCAACCCAGGAAGAUGUUUUCGAAUACUGCGGCGUCAAGCGGCUCUGCGACGCCGCUCUGGACGGAUUCGCGUCCACCAUCAUGGCCUAUGGCCAGACAGGAUCCGGAAAGACGUACACGAUGACAGGGUCGGAAGGGAGUAAAAGCGCGUCCCCCGGACUCAUACAAAUGGCAUUUGCUUAUCUCUUCAAUGAACUUAGGCAGAAAAAGGGAGUCGAUUACGUGGUCCGAGCGUCUUACCUUGAGAUAUACAAAGAACACGUCUUGGACCUCUUGAACCCGUCGUCGAAAUCCUUGCAACUCCGAUGGAACAAGAACAAAGGCCACUAUGCUGAAAAUUUAUUUGUGGUCGAAUGCGAAGACGAGGGUGACCUCCAGGGUGUCUUCGAGGAAGGACGGAAGAAUCGACAGAUUCGUUCCCACGAAAUGAAUGAACACUCAUCGAGAUCGCACACAAUCCUAACCGUAUACCUCAACUCUGAACAGAAGGAUUUUGACGACCCGAACUGCUACAUAAGGAAACAAGGGAAGCUUAGUUUCGUUGAUCUCGCUGGAUCCGAGAAAACGAAGAAGACCAAGAGCCAGGGCAACACUCUGAAGGAAGCCAACAACAUUAACAAGAGCCUUCUCGUCCUCGGAAACUGCAUUUCGAUGUUGGCCGAUCCUAAGAAGCGCAACGGACACAUUCCUUACCGAGACUCAACUCUAACGAAGCUUCUCAAUGACUCUCUGGCUGGCAACGGAAUGGCUCUUAUUAUCGCGUGCGUAUCGCCGGCGAAGUCAAAUACCCUCGAAACGAUCCAAACAUUACGGUAUGCUUCCAGAGCCAAACGAGUGAAGACGAAACCAAUGGUUCGAAUGGAUCCCCGGGAGCUUACGAUUCUUUCGCUACGACGCGAGGUGAAAUUGCUCCGCAUGGAAAACACUUACUUGCGACAACAAGUCAAGAACACCGCGGGCAGCGUCAAACUGGAUAAAGUAAUGGCCGGGUCAGCUCCACCGAAAACUCCAGAUUCUGGAUUCGAGCUCGAAAACGGCGAAGAACCCGUGAAAGAGAAGUACAUGGUCACGAAAUACAUGCACGAAAACGAAGAAUUGAGGGCGGAGAACGCGGAGAUGCACCGCAUCCGCGAGAUCCUCAUCAGAGAUCAUGAGAUGGUCUGCCGCGAGAACGAGCGCCUCCAAAAAUUGAAGGACCUGGAAGUAGCUGUCACGAGCGGCGAGAGUCUGAGUCCAGGGAUGUUCGGAGCGCCAGAAACGCCGCCUCUCGGGGCACCUGUGUCGGCAGGAAGUGGUAGCUGGAGGAGUCUUCACGAGCUCGCGAAACAGCCACUUCCUAACAAGAACACGGACAAGGAGCUGAAAGAUCUAAGGGACACGAUAGGUUCCUCCGGGAGCGGAGGAUCCGGAAACCGGAGUCGACGAGCGUCGCAAGAACGGAUAGCUUUGAGUCCCACCGUGACGAAAAUCGGUCGCUGA